GCCACUCUGUUGUGGCAUUAAGUAAGUGUUUAUUUAUUUGUCAUUUUUAUUUUCUAUGAUAAAGUGAUUGAUGUGCUACAGCACCCUCUAAGAGAACCUUUUGUAGCUAACGUUGCUAUGGACACACAUCAAGAAAUAACUUUUGUUAAAGAACAGGCACAAGUUAGCAUAACCAAACGAGGGAAGGUAAGUCAUAGGACAUGAAAAGUUCAUUCAGUUUUGAUGGAAGGGGUUACAGAGGAGUAAUUUGAAGGCGAUUGGACAGAGAGAAUUGAAAUAGAGAAAGGGAAUUACAUGGAGGGAAGAAAGGGACUCAUAUGGAUGAUAAAAAAUGUUGCAGACCCUAGCUGUGGGACCUAAAGACUGAUGUGGAGAGUGCAUAGUCCUGAUAGAUCUCACAGGAACUGGGAAAGAGAGAAGAGGAUUGUUAAACAAGCAACUGGUAUGAAAGUGAGCUAGAAGGACAAAUGAUGGGACAAGAGAAGGAACUGAUAUGGAGAUGGCAUUAAACUGUAAAAAAUGUUUGGUCCUAAGUUAGAAAAGAAAGAAAGACAGCAAUAUUUGAAGGGGAAUAGAAGCCUGCAGUAAACUAUUUUCAUUGGUGUCUCAGAAUAAAAUGGCAGUUUGCAAAUAAAUGCAAAAUGAGAAAGAAGAGGGACCCAAACAGAGAGAUGGAUAAAUGAAAACUGUUUUGGACACGUUUAGAGCAGCCAUGCCAAGGGUUAUUCACUUAAAUAUGUGAAAUGCUGACUAACCAACAUUAUUCAGGUUACCAAUAUUAAUAAACAACCAGCUGGGAUCCCCCUAAUGUGUUCUGUAAAGCCCUGAGUCAUAUCAGAUGGGUUUGAAGGAUAUCUACCUCCAUUUCUAAAAGUUACAUUGACAAUGUAUAGCUUAAAUAGGGUAUAAGAACUAACCAUUUGAUAUUUAAGAUAGCUUUAGAAAAUUUACCCUUCAAAUAAAUAAGAAAGUAGAGAACAUGGUGAGAUCUCUGCCCUAUGCUAGGAUUCUUGAUCUAAUGCCAAUUACAUAAUUUUGGAUUUUAGUGAUUACAAUGAGAUGCAAAAAGGUAGAAUUUGAGGAAUCCACAAAAUUGUUGCUAUUUCCCUGUGUGAGUUCCAAUUGUGAUAAGCAAGCAUUUAAAAGUCAUGUCGGCUUCUGCAGUUGACAGAUUGUGAAGAUUUUUAAAGAAUACCCCAUCUAGAAAACAAUGCCCCAAAAUAAAUAUUUAACAGAGAAGAGAGGUAGGAACAAAAGUAAAAAAUGUCGGGUUGCUUUUGGGAAAUGGGGGGUAACCCCUAGUAACUAUUGUAAAGAGAAAAAGAGAGAAUAAACAAAAACAGAGAAACCAUAGGGUUAAGAUAAAUCAGUCCCAAAGGUUCCCUGUAAUUGCAGUGCAACCCAAAGAAAAGUAAUUAAAAAUUAACUUUUAAUAAAUUCCUUCUAAAAAAAUCAAUGCUUAAAUGAUAAGUAAUAGGUGUCACACAAAAAAUAAUUAAAUAAAACACGGAGAGAGAGGAGAAUAGAAAUUGCAGAGUCACUAGGUUAUUCACAGAGAAAGAGAGAGAAAAGGGUUUGCCUAAAGUAUCUUGAAGACAUCCAAUAUUGUCUAUAGUGAAAGAAAGGUCUUGAAUCUGUCUAACUGUGAAACCCUAGUAUGAAUAGUACUGUCUCCUAACUCCCAUUACUCAUAGGCUAGAAUCACCUGCCUACAUGUAACAAAAUAAAGCCUUGAUGGAAGGUACACAGAGGUUAAAGUCUAAAGAUAAAAGUGAAGAGAGGGUGGUAUACGCGGAGCAUCCUAAAUGAUCUAAACUAGCUGCAGCAUAGUCCCCGGUCAAACUCCAACCACCCGCUCACUAACUGAUCCCACAGAGGCAAAACGCGCUUCGGGAUUAGUUAGUGAGCGGGUGGUUGGAGUUUGACUGGGGACUAGACAGUUAACUGCUUCUACUCUGUCCAUCUUCUGUAGGAGACAUUCGUCCAUUUUGAAUUAUACAAAAGCAUUUUAAUAUAAACAGCUCUGCUGAAAAUGGUAAACAAGUAAAGGGACACGCCAAACCCUUAACCCCUUAAGGACUGGACUGUUUUUGCGAUGUUGUACAUUUGCGACCAGGCAUAUUUUUACACUUUUGUGGUGUUUGUGUUUGGCUGUAAUUUUCCGCUCUCUCAUUUACUGUUCCCAUACAAAUUAUAUAUUGUUUUUUCAGGACAAAAGGGGCUUUCUUUACAUACCAUUAUUUAUAUAAUCUCAUGUAUUUUAAUUUAAAAAAAAUAAAAAAAAUAUGAUGAAAAAUUGAAAAAAUUGGCUUCUACUUGAAAAAUCUUUUACUCAUUUACAAAAGCGAAUGAAAAAAACUGCUAAAUAGAUUAAAAAUUUUGUCCUGAGUUUAAAAAUACCCAGUGUUUACGUGCUUUUUUGCAUGUUAUAGGGCUAUAGGUACAAGUAGGAUAUUGCGGUUUCAAAACAUACAUUUUUAAAAUUGAUUAAUAGUGACAUUGUAACACUAUUAGCUGUCAUAAAUCUCUGAAUAACACCCAACAUGUACAUAUUUUUUUUAAAGUAGACAACCCAGGGUAUUCAAUAUGGGGUAUGUCCAGUCUUUUUUAGUAGCCACUUAGUUGAAAACACUGGCCAAAGUAAGCAUUCAUAUUUGUAUGUGUGUGAAAAAAGUAAAAAAACUAAAUUGAACGCUAAUUUUGGCCAGUGUUUGUGACCAAGUGGUUACUAAAAAAGACUGGACAUACCCCAUUUGCAAUACCUUGGGUUGUCUUCUUUUGCAAAUGGUAUGCCAUCAUGGGGGUAAUUCUCAUUCCUGGGCUACCAUACGCUCUCAAAGGCAACGUAACCAACCUGGCCAUUUUCAAUGUAAAAAUAUUUGACCCAUAUACAGGACAUUGCAACUUUUAAAUCCAUAAACCUGCGAUAAUCCAACUGUGCUUUUCUGGACACACAUACCUUAUACUUAAUUUACUUUUAACAACUAUACCUCACAUCAUUAUGCCAUAUUAUCAGUGAAGUGCUGUUAACUGUGUGCUUGCUAAAUUUAAAGUGAAUUAUCAUUUAUCAUCUGGGAUAUGUUUUGAAGACUAAUCUGGGCCUUCCCGAGUAAACCAUUUGGACAGUUCUGAAAUAAACUGUUUUAGGGUGUCGAAAACCUACAGGACUUACAUUCUAUUUCUAGUCUUUCGCGGUAUCUGAAAUUGAUCCAGCAACAGAAUGGCUGGGGAUCAACGGCUGCCGGGGUUCUGGUCGCGGGGUCACAGGUUACUCCCUGCGCAAAAGUAAUGUUCAGUUAUUGUCAUUUUUACACACUAAAUAAAGUGAUUGAUGUGCUAAUCACCCUCUAAGGAAAGUGGUCUAGCUAACGUUGCCCUGAGCACAAAAUAAUAACUUUUGUUAAAGAACAGGCACAACUAGCAUGUUUCACGAGGGAGGUAAGUCUCUGGUGGCCGCUUCAUUCAGCUUGAGGAAGGGUUACAGAGGAGAAUUUGAAGGCCUUGGAUGAGAGAAUGGGCGGCGGAAAGGGCGCAGCUGAGGGAAGAAGGGACUCAGCGGAUGGGAGUCCGGUUGAGACCCUAGCUGUGGACCUAAGACUGACUGGACAGGCAUAGUCACUGAUAGACAUACACAACUGGGAAAGAGACAGACAUUUGUUAACACAAGACAACUGGUACAAAGACAUACAGAACACACACUUACAAACAAGACAAAAGACUACAAACACACAUUACAGUAAAAAACAGUUUGGUAACAGUUGACAAGAAAGACAGACACAAUACUGAACUGACACUCACUGACACACACACUCACUCACACUCACUCUCACAACACUCUGGCAGCAGACACACUAACUCUAACUGCAAAGAACACUCACCAACACACACUCUGGAUAAACACACUCUAACACUCACACACUAGACACUCACACACUCUAACACUCACACACAUAUGUAACUGCUGACUCUCAACUUAAUUUUAAUACCCCAUAAUAAACAACCAGGAGGAUCCCCCUAAUGCCUCUGUAAAGCCCUGAGUCUAUCAGAUGGGCGGGAAGGAGUCUGCUGCGGGCUAAAAGCGGGUUGACAAUGUUAGCUUCAUAGGGAUAAGCACUAACAUUUGAUCUUAAGAUAGCUUUAGAAAAUUACCCUUCAAAUAAAUAAGAAAGUGAGAAGGGGUGGAUCUCUAUCAUUGCUGGAUUCUUGAUCUAAUGCCAAAGCAUGAGUUGGAUUUUAGCAUUACCUGAGGGUGGCCGGGGAAUUUGAGGAAGGGGAAAAUUGGCCUAGUCCCUGUGUGAGUUCCAAUUGGCUAAGCAGCAUUUAAAACCGGGUCGGCUUCGCACCGCCCCUUGUGGGAUUUUUAAAGAAUAACCAUUAGAAAACAAAUACCAAAAUAAAUAUUAACAGAGAAGAAGGUCAAAUUAAAAAUGCCUGGGAAAUGGCAGGCAGGUCCCUCAAAUUGCAAUCAAUAAAAUUACUGAAUUAUGUAAAAAUAUUACAUAAAUACGCACGUAGAAUUUAAAUAUAUAUGCAUAUUUAUAUAUUUGAAGUCUAUGUGUAUAUUUAUAUAAUUAUUUAUGUAAUUUUGUAUAUGGACAUAUGUAUAUUUUGUAUUAUUUUUAUUUAUUUAUACAUACAUAGAUAUAUAUACAAAUUCAUUCUAAGUGUAUUUUGAUAUAAAUAUAUAUUAAUUUUAAAAUACAGUUAGAAUAAAAUUUCAUAUAGAUAUAUAAUUUUUUUAAAAUUUUUAUUAUUAUUUAAAAACUUUUUUAUUUAAUUUAAAUUACGUAUUAUUUAUAUUUUAUAAUAAUAAUAUAUAUACACACAAUAUAUAUAUAUAGUUAUUAUAUAUAUUAUAUAUAUGUGUGUAAUUUAAUUAUAAGUAUUUUUAUAUUAAUAUAAGUACAUAUUAAUAUAAAAAUACACUUAGUAUGGCAUUAUAUAUGAUAUAUAGACAUAUAUUAUAUAUAUAUAUAAUAUAUGUCUAUAUAUCAUAUAUACACAUAUAUAAUUUAUUUUUUAUUAACACUAACUUUAUUUUUAUUUUUUUAUUUUACACUAGCAGGGAGACUGCCUGUCAGCACAGACAGUUCCCCUGCAGGCAGACACAUGGACACCUAUUGUGACCAUGUGAUCGCUCUGUUAAGCGAUCACAUGGCCACAGGGGUCCUAAUUCAGUGUGGGGAGACUGUCUGGGCUGCAGGCAGUCUCCCCACACCGGGAGCCACGCUGAUCGCCGCCGGGGGAAUGACGGCGAUCAGGUAAGUAACUCAGACCGUUAGGACGGUUCAGGACCGUCAUCGGUCGGCAACGCAAAAAUGCCGAUGACGGUCCUGAACCGUCCUCGUCGUUAAGGGGUUAAAGCACUUCUGCCUGCUGGGGUGAUUUAUGUGUGAAGAGUGUUACACCCUCCUGGUUGUCAAUCAAACAACCAGUCCUGUUACUUCCUGGUUUGGUUAGCUCAGUAGAGAUAAACACAAGAAAAAGGCAAUUGCCCAGAGCACCUGCCUUGCAAAAACUUCUUAUGGAGCUGCAUUGGGAAGUUUGUGAUUAAAAAGCCACAGAAAGUCUGGGCAGGGUUAGAAGAGGGGGGAUUGGGGGGGGAGGAAUUGCAAAGGCUAGAGACAAGAGAACUGCAACUUAUUUAAAAGAAAACCUGAUUUUAGAUAUAACCCAUGGAAAACAAUGCAUAAUUAAAUGCAUACAUGAUUUUAUUUUUCAUUUGGGCAAUAGAUUGUCCCUUUAACAUGAAGUACUCAUUCUUCUUUCAAAAUCCCCCAGCAGUGGCCACAUCUUUGCUAUGUGACUUCUGACAUACUAUAAUUCUAACACUAUGUUUGAAAGAGAACUGAAUAUUGCUUGCCUAUUCUAAACAAGAUAUGUUUCAGUGUCCCUAGUAUUUCAUCUAAUAAAUUGAUGUUGAAAUGAAGUUCUGUUGAAGGCUGCCAAGUGUUCAUUGUGCCAAGCGUUAUCUUUCCUUUCUCCUUUUUGGAUGCAAGAUAUUGGGGAAAGAAAGGGGACUGCUGUUUACAGUCUCUCUGCAGAGAAUCAGAGGGCAGGCAGGACCUUUGCAGAGAGUUUGAUUCUCCGCAGGUGAAAACAGCACUGCCGAAUAGGGAAUUUAAUCAUGUGAUACAGGUUACAUUUUGUUUUGGAUUUUAUUAGAAUGCAAAACAAAUUCAAAAUGUGUGCAUACACUGUGAUGACGGAGUUCAUUUGCAGCAUUUACUGUACUGAUUUUGUAGUUGUGCACAGACAUUCGAACUCUCUAACUGUGUGCGUAUCUAUUUUACAGCCGGCACUCAGUGUGAAGUUUCUGCUUCGGCGAGAGUAAACUGCGGGUUUCCUGGAAUCACUGCAACUGAAUGUGAAAAUAAAGGGUGCUGCUUUGACUCUGCCAUUCAAGGUGCUCCAUGGUGCUUUCACGCUCAGACUAAAGAUGGUAAUGUCAUUUUUGUAACUUUCUAAAUUUGAAUGUAGAUACACGGAUUUCAGCAUCAGCAAACAUGACUAACCCUUUUAUUAUAAAUGUAUUUCCAUUAGAGCUUAACAUUUACUUAAAAUGACAUUUACGGGUUUAUUAUGUUUCUGUGUUCAUUUUAUAAAUCUUUGGUCGUAUUAGCUCAAUUGAGCAUUGCAAUCAUUCCGACGGGUUCAGAAAAUUAGCACAGAAUGACAUAUAAUUUUUAUGAAAAAAUGUAGGAUUAUUUAAAUUAUUCCAGGUAAUAGCCCAAUUCUCGUCCACUUCUUAGAGCUCUGAGAAUAUUACCGGCUAUCUUUUUGUACUUGUCUAAGGCAGAAAAAAAUAUAUCUAGAAAACAACUUGUAUGAACGGAGAAAUCAAACGCUGGGGAAAAAAUAUCCAGAAAAAUAAAUAAAUCUGGAAACAAAUCACAUGGAAAUCCAGCAUAAUCCACCAAACGGUGGAAUACUCACCCAGUAUACUAUUGACGUUACACUCACAAACAGAUGUAGAUAUGGGCACUCAUUACCCUUCUGGAGUAUAUCGAAAAGAAAAUCUUCUUAUAUGGUAGCUCUAUUUAAUUAAACGGGACAAACUGUUUAAUGUAUAGGGCAUAGCUGGUAUUAUCCCCACCUAGGAUUCUUUAGUGAGGUCCUCUCUGGAACUUCAAUAUUUACAGAUUGCCUUGAAAUUCCUCAAGUGAUACAGUUUGUGCACAGACUGUAUCACUUGAGGAAUUUCAAGGCAGCCCAGAGGGGUCUUUUAAUUUUUCUUCCACCAUUUUUACUUUAUGUUUAUUUCGAUGUAUUUGUCAGAUACAUUAAGAAGAUCACAUUCAUGUUCACAUUUCUAGCGUUUCUGGCUUUUUCACGUAUCUUUUUUGUACUAUACCGUAGAAAGAACAUAAUUUUUAGAAUUUUAUUUUUAAGAGUAUUUUAAGAUUACCCUUUCCUAAUUAUUGAGGUUAUUUUUGUAGCACAGACAGCCAGACUAUAAAGGUUCCCAUCCUUUCCUUCCAUCACCCCCAGAGUGCUUGUGCCAGACCUAUACUGACAAGGUUUGUGCUAGAAGCAGUCCUGAAUUUGGUAGGACCGUUUCUAUUAGAGUGUUCUGCUGUCCCUACUUUGUUCCCUGGUGUCCUGCUUUUAUCUCAGUUAAUGCUCUUCUUAGGGCACUAGAAAUAUUCAGAGAGUGCGCUGUUUCAGGUGGCGGGAUGGCCUGCGUGAUUGGCAUUCAUGCUAGGCUAACCUGUCUAUACUUCAAAUUGAUCUUUCUGGACAGGACUAACCCUUUGGGCAGCACCAGUGAUUAGCUUCAUAGUCACCCCCCUUUUAUGCCGCCUAUUGGGCCGAUGUUGGGGGGCAUGUAGAAAAAAGAUGCUGGCAGCAUUACUGAGAGUGCGACUAUGCUGCAUAUAUACAUGAGAUAAAAUGACCCUGACAAUGCUGUCCAUGUUGGCCAACUAUCUCUGGAGCCAUAUACUUGGUAGACACCAAAUCAUAGCUAUGCACAGCAUAUUCUAUUAGUCUGUGCACGCAGAGAAAAAUACAACCAAAACCUUACUUAAAGGAACACUAUAGUCACCUAAAUUACUUUAGCUAAAUGAAGCAGUUUUAGUGUAUAGAUCAUUCCCCUGCAAUUUCACUGCUCAAUUCUCUGUCAUUUAGGAGUUAAAUCACUUUGUUUCUGUUUAUGCAGCCCUAGCCACACCUCCCCUGGCUAUGAUUGACAGAGCCUGCAUUGAAAAUAAAACUGGUUUCACUUUCAAACAGAUGUAAUUUACCUUAAAUAAUUGUAUUUCAAUCUCUAAAUUGAACUUUAAUCACAUACAGGAGGCUCUUGCAGGGUCUAGCAAGCUAUUAACAUAGCAGGGGAUAAGAAAAUCUUAAUUAAACAGAACUUGCAAUAAAGAAAGCCUAAAUAGGGUUCUCUUUACAGGAAGUGUUUAUGGAAGGUUGUGCAAGUCACAUGCAGGGAGGUGUGACUGGGGUUUAUAAACAAAGGGAUUUAACUCCUAAAUGGCAGAAGAUUGAGCAGUGAGACUGCAGGGGCAUGUUCUAUACACCAAAACUGCUUCAUUAAGCUAAAGUUGUUCAGGUGACUAUAGUGUCCCUUUAAAAAGACUGAAUGGGGUACAAAUUAAGAACAUUUUGCACUAGUAACAAGAUGUACACAGUAUAAUGUGUAGUAUAAUUUGGCUCAAAAUCUUCAGGGUUAGAUAUAAAUAUAUAUUUUUCUUUGCCUUACAAUGUUUCACAUUACAGUACUUUUCGUUUAUUUUCAGAAUGCUUACUUUAAAAACAAAUGAACUGGGUAACUGAAUUUCCGAUGCCUGAUCCCUGGACACACUUUAUGGAUGCCUGCCCAUGUAGAGUGCUGCGGAACAUGUUGGCACUUUAUAAAUAAAGUAUAAUAAUAAUAUUGGCCAAUAUGGAAGAUGUUGGCAGUUUAUUCACUAAACACUGAUUUAUGUCACCUUGGCAACUGAUAAGCAACAUUUAAACAAAACAGCUGAAUGGGAAAAGUUUGUGAAAUACGAGAUGAGUCAAAAUGAAAGGACCGCCCAAAUACUUGUAAGACUUCUUCUUAGAUUAAUCUUAACAUUAUCACACAUUAAAAAUCUUUUAACUCACUCAAUACAAUUCUAGUAAAUCUAGUUGGGCUGAAAUUGUGUCAAAUCAAAAUAUAAAAUCUUUCCACUCUUCAUCCAGAACUACAUAACAAACUGAACUGGUGGAAAACUCCUCUUCUUUCAUCAAGAGGAUAAUACCUGGAUAAACAACCCAUUUCACAUUAAACAUCUAUCUGCCCUUACAUUCAAUUGUGCAAUAAAAUAUUCUUUCAUUCAUUCAUUCAUGUAUUUUAUUUGGUUAUAACUCUUUGGUGUACUCAAUGUGUCUCUUGGUUAUUCAAUUAUCACUAAUCUGUAAGUAGGUAUAUAACGGACCGUUUUGCUCACUAGAGGUUAAAAACCGUUUAGGCGAUAUUCCCCUUUCUUAGCUGCACAGACAGCUACUGCAAGCACCAAUCUCCCGAACUGGAAACCCACAAAUUCACCAACUCUGAACUGCAAACACACGAACACUGGAAACAGCCGAACUGGAGACACACAAAUAUCUGUUAGCAGACGAACAGGAAAAGCCCCCAAGCGGCUUACACUCCUGGCAAUCAGUCUCUAACAGCAUACAGUAAAUCCCCCCAAAGACGAGACGACACUUCGUUUUGAGGGUCAAGCAGAAUCUGCAGAUUUAUUCACACAACCUCCUUUUAAGACAUUUUCCCAUGCAAGGGAGGGAUCCACAACAGUUAGUACCCCAGCCAAUAAUGUACCAGUUACCUCCCACACAUCUCCUCCCCUUAGUGUGACACAUAAUCCCAUUAGUCCAGACACAAAUUCCCUGGGUUACUGGAUGUACCCCUAAACAUAGGGUUACCCCUUUAACUGUUACAUCCCCUGGUAGCCCUGAUCUGGGUGAGACACAUAUCCAAAAAUCACCCAGAUCGGACCAGGGGUUCGGGAAUUAUGGAGGGUUAAAGUUUUGACCGACUGCAUGGCAAAAGUAUCCAAAAAUAGUUCCAUGUAUUUUGGCCCUGCAGUCGGUCACAGAAAAGGGAAUGAAAUACACAAAUUAACUGGGUUAUGGAGCUUGGGGAGGAUUCGUAUGAAUCCCCUUGUUCGUGGGAUCCUCUUUACCAAACGGCCCGCACUUCUGCACGAAUUGCUGGAAGUCUGGAGGUCUCAGCUGUGUUUGCCUAGUCGAGUGUCCGAUUUUAGUUCCAGACACUCAACGGCAAAACACCGCUGUUCGGGAGUUUAAGAUGGCUGCCGCAACGUGUUCGUUUCCCGGAUGGCGGCCACCCAGAGGACAAAGAACACAUUACAUAGAUUACCAAUUACCCGUUUGCAACAUUGUUGCAAACGGUAAUUGGAGGCACACUUAUUCCUGGGUGGUCUUGUUGUUCGGUAGUUUCACUCAAUAUAAUGAAUGGAGUGAUUCUACCGAACAAUCAGCCGAAUGCUGCAUACACAUAACACCGUUUACCGAACACAUAAUAUUAAAGACAGCCUGAAUGCAAUCUGCUACACAGUCUUAAAGGGCAUUGUUCCUAAAAGUCAUAAUAUGUCCACGGAUGGCCCUUAAAGGGCCAGUAGCAGCAAUAUAAAAUACCUCAUGUCCAAAUAUUGCUUUCAAAAGUACAAAUUUACCAGGGGCCAUAGUCAGGGCCGGAUUAACAUAGGGGCUGAUGGAGCUGCAGCUCCAGGCCCAGGCCCAUGGAAUAGGCCCAUUGAUUUAAAAAAAAAAAAAAAAAAUCUUUUUUUUUUUUUACAUUUUUUUUUUUCCACACACUACUCUUAGGUAUUCCACCUGGCUUUUAUUUUAUUGGCACAGCCAGUAUUUGAGGCUGCCUGGCUGGUGCCAAUAUUGCAGUGAUACUGGCAAUACAAAUGCUGGUAUUUUUAUCAGUAUAAACAAGAGAUUACUAUGCAAUACCAGCACUGGCCAGUAGGGGUCGCUGUGUGUGGAGACAGGCAGGGAUAGGAAGUUCCAACAUAUCCCUCCCUGCCUAUCUAUAAUCACUGAUCUGCAGGGGUGCAACUACAGAGAGUCCAGACAGCAACUCCCACCCUGCAGAGACAGCCUACAGCUCAGGGAAAUAAGGGAUGGGGGGAAAGGCUGCAAUGAGACAUAUACUGAGACACUAAGGGACAUUGGGAGACAUUAUGGCAGACACUGAGACACUAAGGGACACUGGGAAACAUUAUGGCAGAGAAUGAGACACUAAGGGACUGCUUGUUUUUAUGAGUCUAACAGCAUGCAGAGUUACAGCUUUGGGCUUGAAUAUAGUAAGAUUUUGCUAUAUUUAUGGAGGCAUGAGGGGCCCAGGGGGCUAGAUGGUGGUGUUAACACUAAAGGGUCAUGAAUUCAUGUUUGUGUUCCUGGCCCUAUAGUGAUCCUUUAAGGUAAUGCUGACUUUGGUCUCUCUAACACUGUGACAUUUUCCCUUUCUUCUACACUCACUACAUACAGCUUUUCUCUGUCCCAGACCAUAUACCAGGAGCUUCUGCCUGCUAGUAAGAAGGUAAGUGGACCAGCGAGUGCUAGGGGACAGUCCUUAGAAAGCGUUGAGUGAGCGACUCAUUAAAUGCAUUUAUGCCAAGCUCAGGGUGCUGUGUGCAUAGUAUGCCCUUAGUUGGCCAGCUGCAUGAUUGGCAGGCAGCCUGACAUGCAUUCAUGCCAGGCUGGCCUUCUAAUUCUUUGAGCAGACAUGUCCUCUUUUUGGGCAUGUUCGCCCCUUUUGGCAGGUUACGUGAUUACGUGAUUUGUGUCAGUGGCACACCCUUUUACCAUGCCCAUUGACUUCCAGCCUGACUGGACACUGCUGUUAGGGGUUAUGGAUUUACUUGAAAGAUGAACAUAAAUUAGAGAGAGAUUAGCCUUUUCUUAUAGCUGCUGUUUUCUUUCUCUCCAGCACCAUCUCCAUCAGAUACAUGAUGCUUGGGAGUGUUUUACUGUUUUUGGUCGAUAUGAUUCUGUAAUUAGGCCCGUCAUAAUUGUCAGCACCAGGCCCACUGGGCUCUUAAUCUGGCCCUGGCCAUAGUCAGCAGGUAGGAGGCGGGCAGCCAGGCCUCUCCAAUGUCUAGUGGCGAGGCGGCUUUCGCCACAUAUUGUGGGAAUAUAUUUAUUUCCAACAAUUUCAAGUAUUUUUCUAAUUCAGAACUUUAGAACAAGGGCUUCAACAAGUAUCAGUCCAAGUCUAAUUAAUGUAUUUGCUGUUGAGAAUAUGAUUAGGAACUAUUGGUAUAUUAAAAAUUGAAGGGCUGGGAUUGGCUGCCAGGUGUCAUCUCUGUCCUAGUCUGUACAGAACUUAAAGGGACACUACAGGCACCCAGAACACUUCAGCUCAUUGGUGUAGUGUCCUUAUUGUACUUAGUGCUGCCAUGUAAAACAUUGCAGUUUCAAAGAAUGUUUACAUUGCAGCACUAAGUCUGCAGCACUAGACAGCCACUGGAGGUGCUUCCUGCAUCCUAACAUACUUUUGGUCCAGUAACUGAUGCUGGACAUCCUCACGCUCUGCAUGAGGAUAUCCAGCGUAAGCUGUUUAGCCAUAGGAAAACAUUGAUUAAUGCAUGUAUGGCGCUCGUCACGCAUGAACAUUAGUGCCUGCUCGUCGAGGGACGUCGGAGGAGCCACAACUCAGCACCGAAGCGCCGAGGGUCAUUGGCCUUGGGAUCAGGUAAGUAAAUAAUGGGUUUUGAAAGCAUGAGUCAAGCGUUGUUCCUCUAUGAUUGUUGGACAUUUUAUUUACAGUAUUAUUUUGGACAUUUAGUGAUCCUAAACUUACAGCCCCUGGAAAUUGUCACUCAAAGACCAGCAUGACAUGAUUCCGUACAAGAAAAAGUAUUUCAGUACAUAUUUUGAUGAGAAUCUAUAUUACUAAACUGGGCUGGCAAAGACAAUAAGGAACUGGGACAAAUGUUCUAAGGAGAGACAAUAACUGGUUAUAUGAUGCUUCCCAAAACAAUUACUUUUUAAGAAUUUAUGAAAGCAUUGGCAUCAAGGUGGAAUUCUAAUGGUGAAGAAGGAUAUUGCUACAGAAAAAGUUCCAAAAAAAGAAGAGACAAGUGUGUUUUAAAUAAAUGAAGGAAGAGACGGUUUAGGCAGCAGAAAAAUGUAUAGUCAAAAGUGAUGACGAUUAAAAAAAAAAGUAUAAUAAGGGAGAAUAACCAGAGUUGUUUUCCAUUUUGGGAAGGCUGAGUUUGAAUAAUUGUGUAGCACUUUAUUUAAAGGUGGAGAAAAAUAAACUGGUGACUGAUCGAUGUGGGAUUGAGGGAGAUCAAGGGAAGAGAGGUGAUCUGCAUAUAAUCACUAUAUAAAUUAUUAUCAUUAUUUGUAAAGCAUCAACAAAUCCCGCAGCACUGUACAAUUGGUGGGCUAGCAGACAAGUAUUUGUAACUAGAAGAGUUAGACACAAAGGGACAGAGGGGUUUGAUGGCCCUGCUCAAAUGAACUUACAUGCUAGAGGGAGUGAACUAUAGUGACACAAAAGGUAAAGGUAGGUUAGAAAAGUAAGUUGCUAGAAUAGUUUUCACUGAGGACUUAGUGUUUUGUUUUUGGAUGACAGUUGCAGGAAAGGAAGCAAGGUGUGGGCAUGGGAAGCUAUUAACAGUUUAAUUGACCAUGGAUAAGGUAUAAAGGAAUUUAUAACAUCACUAAGUAAGGCAUUGUGAAGUGAAAGCAAAAGGGGACUCAGAACAUAUAGGAUAGGAAAUGUUAGAAGUAACGUGUGUAGGAACUGAAAGCAGCGAUACAGCUAUGGUGGGGUUGGGAGGUAAGGCACCCAUGUACUCUGCCUUGCUCUCCAUGUUCACCCCCCAAUGUUAGUCCAUUGUGAAAUUAUAUUGUUGGUAUACCUACCUCAAUAUGUAGUAGCAAAUUCACUAUCUUACCAAUAGCAUAGUUAAUUAGCAUACAAUGAAGUUACUGAAUAGGCCAGUAUUAAAAUAAUUCUAGACAUAUUUAUAACUAGCGAGGUGCACAAAGUGCCAAAUAUAAAAUAAAUCACAACACAGAAAAAGGAAACAUAUGAAAAAUGACUUCCUGUUAUUAACUUUUAGAAGUGUUCUAAUGAUAAAUCCAUUCAAAAUGUAGAGGAAGAUGUAUCUACAUUUCUGGGAGUGGAAUGAAUGUGUUCCUGGGAUUGGAAUUAAUUUGUUCCAUCUUGGCUCAGUGAUGGGGGAGACAGAUCCAAAUGAUGUCGGAGAGAUGGCAAUGUGACCAAGGCAGUGGUCCUGACUUCUCCUCCCUAUUUAAAUCCCCAUUGAUCACAGAAUCACAACACAGGUGUUCAUGUGCUUAUUCUGUGCUAGUAGUUACCGUAUUUUUCGCUCCAUAAGACGCACCUCACCAUAAGACGCACCUAGUUUUUAGAGGAGGAAACCCAGAAAAAAAAAUAUUCUGAACAAACUGUUCCAUAGUGUUUCUUACCAUGGGACAGUUUGUUCAGAAUAUUUUUUUUUCUCCCCUGUCCCAUAAUGAUCUUUAACCCCCCUUUCCUCUGUCCCAUAGUGAUUGUUAACCCCUCCUACCCUGUCCCAUAGUGAUUGUUAACCCCUCCUACCCUGUCCCAUAGUGUUCUUUAACCCCUCCUCCCCUUGUCCAUUAGUGUUCUGAUCCCAUAGUGUCCCCCCCUCCCAUUGUCCCAUAGUGCACUUUCCCUCCCAUAGUGUCCCCUGCCCUUGUCCCAUAGUGUCUCCUCCCCUUGUCCCAUAGUGUCUCCCUCCCUCCCCUUGUCCCAUAGUGUCUCCUCCCUUUCUCCCAUAGUGUCCCUCCCCUGUCCCAUAGUGUCUCCCCUUGUCCCAUAGUGUCUCCUCCCUCCCCUUGUCCCAUAGUGUCUCCCUCCCUUUCUCCCAUAGUGUCUCCCCUCCCCUUGUCCCAUAGUGUCCCCUCCCUUGUCCCAUAGUGUCCUCCCCUUGUCCCAUAGUGUCCCUCCCCUUGUCCCAUAGUGUCCCUCCCCUGUCCCAUAGUGUCUCCCCCUCCCCUUGUCCCAUAGUGCCCCCUUGUCCCAUAGUGUCUCCCCUCCUUUCUCCCAUAGUGUCCCUCCCCUUGUCCCAUAGUGUCUCCCUCCCCUUGUCCCAUAGUGUCUCCUCCCCUCCCUUCUCCCAUAGUGUCUCCCCUCCCUUUCUCCCAUAGUGUCCCCCUCCCCUUGUCCCAUAGUGUCUCCUCCCCUCCCCUUGUCCCAUAGUGUCUCCCCCUCCCCUUGUCCCAUAAUUACUUACCUGUCUUGGAGCGUGGGCCGGCUUCACAGCGCGCUCCGCGGUCCAGGAACUAAUAUUUCAGGUUCCGGUUUCCGGCGGGACUGAAAGGACUCAGUGUGCACACUUCCUUUCAGUCCCGCCGGAAACCGGAACCUGAAAUAGAAGUUCCUGGACCGCGGAGCGCGCUGUGAAGCCGGCCCACGCUCCAAGACAGGUAAGUAAUUCUUCACAUUCACUCCAUAAGACGCACAGACAUUUCCCCUCACUUUUGAGGGGAAAAAAAGUGCGUCUUAUGGAGCGAAAAAUACGGUAAAUCAGAGAAUUUAUUGGAUAUCCAGUGUACCGAACCUGUUUUGUGACCCCCUACUAGGAACCAUUUUUCCUGGAAUACUGACUAUGCCCUUUCCCUGAUUCCAUCUACUAAUAAAUACUUUUUUCUGUGCUGUCACGAACCUGUCUAGUUGAUCUACCCCGUAGACAAGGGUGUACUAGACCAGGGAUAGGCAACCUCCGGCACUCCAGAUGUUUUGGACUAUAUCCCCCAUAAUGUUCUUACACCCGUAAUGCUGGCAAAGCAUCAUGAAAGGUGUAAUCCAAAACAUCUGGAGUGCCAAAGGUUGCCUUUGUCUGUACUAGACUUUGCACAUUCACUAUCGUAACAAUUAUUAUUAUUAUGAUAUUUAUAUAGCGCCAUCAGAUUCCACAGCGCUUUACAGUGGGUGGACGAACAGACAUGUAGUUGUAAGCAGACAAGUUGGACACACACAGGAACAGAGGGGUUGAGGGCCCUGCUCAAUGAGCUUACAUGCUAGAGGGAGUGGGGUAAAAUGACAGAAAAAGGUCAGGAUAGUAUUAGACUAGUGACAGUUGCAGAAGAGGAAUCAGUCAGGAGCUAUUAACAGUUUAAUUGAUACGCUUUUAUGAAGAAGUUGGUUUUUAACGAUUUUUUGAAGGAGUGGAGACUGGGUGAGCAUCUAAUGGAGGAGGGAAGAGAGUUCCACAGAAACGGUGCAGCCCUCGAGAAAUCUUGAAGGCGAGCAUCUGAGGUGAGAGUACGGACAGAAGAUAGACGUAAGUCUUCAGCAGAUCGUACGGGCCUAGGUGGGAAAUACUUGUGCAUAAGGGAGGAUAGUUAGUGGGAGCAGCAUUAUGUAGAGAUUUGAAAGCAAGAACCAGAAUUUUAAAUUGAGCUCUAUAUUUUAUAGGAAGCCAAGGUAGGGACUGACAGAAGGGUGAGACAUGGGAGGUGCGGGCGGACAGGAAGAUGAGCCUCGCAUUCAUUAUAGACUGUAACGGCGCAAGUUGGGAGCACGUAAGACCACUGAGAAGUGGAUUACAGUAGUCAAGGCGAGAAAGGACAGUGGAAUGGACCAACACCUUAGUCUCAUCUGGGGUUAAGUAGGGGCGGAUGCGCGCAAUGUUUUUGAGAUGGAAAUGACAGGAUUUGGCGAUUGAUUGAACAUGUGGCUUGAAGGAGAGGUCAGAGUCAAAAAGAACACCUAGGUAGCAAGCCUGCGUGGUGGAGCUGAUGGUAGCACCAUUGACCUGGAGGGAGACAGACACAGGAGUAAAAACACUCGAGGGAGGAAAGACCAGAAUUUCGGUUUUGGUCUAGUUUAGUUUAAGGAAGUGGGCAGCCAUCCAGUUAGAAAUAGCAGAGAGGCAGUCAGAGACACUAGUCAAGAGGGACGCGGAGAGAUCAGGAGAGGACAGGUAGAUUUGCGUGUCAUCUGCAUAGAAAUGAUAUUGGAAGCCAAAGGAGCUAAUGAGUUUACCAAAGGAGGCAGUAUAGAUGGAGAACAGUAGGGGACCAAGGACUGAACCUUGAGGGACACCAACAGAGAGGAGUUGGGGAGAAGAAGCAGAGUCAGCGAAAGAAACACUGAAAGAGCGCUGGGAGAGGUAGGAGGAGCACCAGAAGAGAGCAUUAUUUUGUAGACCGAUAUUGUGGAGGAUGAGAAGAAGCUGUUGAUGAUCAACAGUGUCAAAAGCCGCAGACAGGUCAAGGAGAAUUAGGAUAUAGUAGUGACCACUAGAUUUUGAAGCAAGUAGAUCAUUGGAUACUUUGGUCAGUGCCGUUUCCACAGAGUGCUUAGCGCGGAAACCAGACUGAAGCAGGUCUAGAAGAGAGUUGGACUCGAGGGAGUCUGUCAAUCUCGCAUACACAAUUCUUUCAAGGAUCUUGGAUGCAAAAGGCAGUAGUGAGAUAGGACGAAAGUUGCAUGGGGAGUUAGGGUCAAGAUUGGGCUUCUUUAGAAUUGGGGUUACAGUUGCAUGUUUGACGGGUGAUGGAAAUAUACCAGAGGAGAGAGAUUGAGAAUUUUAGAGAGAGAAAGAGAAGAAGACAGAGUACGGAUGAGAUGCGAGGGAAUUGGAUCUAGGGAGCAGGUGGUGGGGCAGGAGGACUGGAGCAGAGCAGAAACCUCUUCCAAUGUAGCGGGUGCGAAUGAACAUAGAACAGCAGAGGGAGUGAAGUUAGGGGAAGUAUUGUAAGGGGAAGAAGAAAGAUGAGAGAUCUCUACUCUGAUUGUAGAGAUCUUGUCAGUGAAGUGAGUUGCAAAGUCUGAGGCGGUCAAGUUAGUAGGUGGAGGAGGAACAGCAGGGCGAAGAAGAGAGUUAAAUGUGUGAACUAGUCAUUUGGGUUCGCGGGAGAGUGUGGUUAUGAGGGUAUUGAAGUUAUUAAAGGGACACUAUAGUCACCUGAACAACUUUAGCUUAAUGAAGCAGUUUUGUUGUAUAGAACAUGCCCCUUGCAGCCUCACUGCUCAAUCCUCUGCCAUUUAGGAGUUAAAUCCCUUUGUUUAUGAACCCUAGUCACACCUCCCUGCAUGUGACUUGCACAGCCUUCCAUAAACACUUCCUGUAAAGAGAGCCCUAUUUAGGCUUUCUUUAUUGCAAGUUCUGUUUAUUAAGAUUUUAUUAUCCCCUGCUAUGUUAAUAGCUUGCUAGACCCUGCAAGAGCCUCCUGUAUGUGAUUAAAGUUCAAUUUAGAGAUUGAGAUACAUUUAUUUAAGGUAAAUUACAUCUGUUUGAAAGGGAAACCAGUUUUUUUUUUCAUGCAGGCUCUGUCAAUCAUAGCCAGGGGAGGUGUGGCUAGGGCUGCAUAAACAGAAACAAAGUAAUUUAACUCCUAAAUGGCAGUGAAUUGAGCAGUGAAAUUGCAGGGGAAUGACCUAUACACUAACACUGCUUUAUUUAGCUAAA